CUGGGCGAAGAAGUGGAGGCGGCCGUCCCCUGCGCCUUCCCUCGGACUCUCUUGACGUUAGUGACGUCUUUCCUUUGGUCCCCGGCGGCUGCCGUCUGUUUCCCGAGUCCGACGCGAACAGGAAGCGGUGCUGGGCCUUGGGCGGGCGGCGAACACCAGCCAUGGAAUUUUCCGAGGAGAAGCUGAGGAAGUGGCUGAGCAAGUAUAAAUUCCGAGAUCUGACCAUAGAAGAACUGAAGAAUGUAAAUGAGUUGUACCCAAACAUCGUAUUCUCCAUGAACACCUAUACUUUCAAGGAUGGAUCCCUGAAAGAUCUAUUGAAUUUUAGUGGCACUGUUCCAGUGAAAUAUCAGGGUAAUUCAUAUAACAUUCCAAUUUGCCUAUGGAUUUUAGAUUCUUAUCCUUUUACUCCUCCAAUUUGCUUCUUGAAGCCCACUGCAAACAUGGGAAUUUCUGUAGGAAAACACGUGGAUGCUCGUGGAAGAAUAUACCUGCCAUAUCUACAGAACUGGAGCCAUCCCCAGUCCGUGAUCAUAGGAUUGUUAAAGGAAAUGAUCACAAAAUUUGAAGAGGAGCUCCCUCUGUAUUCAUUAUCAUCUUCUGAUGCAGCCAGGCAGUUAGAGCUUCUCUCAUAUAUUGCAAAGAUCACUGAAGGUGAAAAUAAUGUACAGUCGAAAACCAAGAUAGAUGAGAAGACAAAUGAUGGAGGAUGUAAUAAAGUGACGGUGGUUGGAGCAGGAGAUCUGGGUCUUGCUUGUGCGCUAGCUAUUUCAGCAAAGGGUGUUGCUGACAAGGUGGUUGUCUUGAACUGCUCAGAAGAUUCAGUGAAAGGAGGAACAAUGGACCUGGAAAUCUUUGCCCUGCCGAACGUGGAGAUCAGCAGAGACUUUUCUGCCUCAGCAGACUCAAAAGUGGUGGUGCUUACUGUGAAUUCUUUAGGCAAUGCUCAGUCCUACCUGGAUGUUGUGCAGAACAAUGUGGAACUAUUCAGAGGCAUUAUUCCAUCAGUAGCACACUAUAGUCAACAGUGUGUAUUGCUUGUGGCAUCUCAACCAGUGGAAAUAAUGACAUACGUAUCAUGGAAAAUGAGUAGAUUUCCUAAAAACAGAGUUGUUGGAACUGGCUGUAAUCUGGACUCUGUGAGAUUCCAAUAUAUUAUUACAAACCUGUUGAAAGCUCAGACCAAGGGCAAAGAUAUUUGGCUUAUUGGUGAACAAGGAGAAAACAAAGUGUCAGCAUGGAGUGCUUCUAAUUCAGUGACCAGUCAUCAGGGUGAAGAUUUAACAAAUCGGAAUGCCCAGCAGCUUUUGGCUAACAGAGCCAUGGAAGUUCUGAAAGGAAAAGGCCAAAGAUCUUGGUCUGUUGGUCUCUCAGUAGCUGAUUUGACUGACAGUAUAUUGAAUGAUAAAAGGAAAGUACAUUCCAUAUCAACUAUGGUGAAGGGGUCUCAUAAUAUAAACUCUGAAGUAUUUUUAAGUAUGCCUUGUAUCCUUGGAAUCAGUGGAGUGACCGAAAUGAUCAAACUACAAGAUGAUGAUACUGUGUCAAAGAAACUGCAAUCCAGUGCUGCAUCAAUUCAUGAUCUGCAACAGCAGUUGAAACUUUGAAAAUCAUGCAAUUAUAAUUCUUGUCACUCAUUAUUUUAAAAGUAGGGGGAAAGACACUAAUGUCUACCUAGCUGCCAAAGAAGUGCCUCACAUAUUUUGAAGAUUUACUGAAUUCUGUUCUAUAGUAUAUUUAAUAUAAGAGGAAAAGCAAGGUCCUAUCUGUCUGUCAAAGACAUCCUUAUACUCAACAGGUUAUAGCCUAACCUUUGCAGAAAACAAUUCCAUCCUUGGAAGUUCCUUCCAUUCACAGAAAGAUACCUUAUUUGUUGAUUGAAGGACCCCUUACAUUACUUCAACUUAUCUUCUGCAAGUUGAAGUAGAGAGAGCGACAGAGCUCCGCAAAAGGUUAGAAUACAACCCAGAAUAAUCAGGCAGAACAGGAUGGAAGUAAACAUUAUAACCAAACAAGUGAAUUUUAGCCCGUUGAAAAACGGGCGCUAGUAAUGCUUUCGGCCCCCGCCGCCGAACCUCCCAGCUGCCCGAUCCCACCAUUUGUACAGGAAAGAGGAGCUC